AUGGAAUUUUGGAAGACUUUCAGGCCCGGCUUUGGCAUUGAUCCUGCCGACUCACGCCCUUCACAGCCGGUGUUGCAGCCAAGCAGUGAAACUCCGAAAGGGCCUACCUCGUUUGCUGGAAGCGGCGACGCAGGUUCAGAACACAGGCCAGUGAUGUCGAGGCCCUUUGGCAUUGAUCCUGCCGACUCACGCCCUUCACAGCCGGUGUUGCAGCCAAGCAGUGAAACUCCGAAAGGGCCUACCUCGUCUGCUGGAAGCGGCGACGCAGGUUCUGAACACAGGCCAGUGAUGUCGAGUAGUUGCACGUCGCUGUUGAAUGGUAGCACUCCAAUGGUUGGGCCAUCUCCCUCGUUGUCAACACCCAUGAGCAGAGAUGUAUCGCUGCUCACGUCGUCUUCAGUCAAUGAGAAAAGCUUUGGUUUUCUUGGUACUCCAAUGUCGACUGUGUCAGUAAAUGAAGCCAUAUUAAAAAUGAAUCAUUUGGACGCUUACAACGGUUCGAGACCUUCCUUUGGAUCUGGAGCGUUAACGUCGACACCCUUUUCUUUUGUGAAAAAACAGACCGCUCUACCGACGUCAAACGAGAGUGGGAAUCCCAAGAACGUCAUCGAAAAACAGUCCACUCCACCAGCUUCAGGAGGAAGUGGGAAUCUGAAGAACGGCUUCGAUAAUCAUGUUGCUGUUUCUGAAAAACUUCAGCAUACUGAGCCUGCGAAAAGCGACAAAGAGAUCAAGGUAUGCCGCUACUCACCGUCCCGUUUUCUUUCUAAAGGUAUGAGUAGAACUAGCCCUGCCCAAUCACUUUUUGCGACACGCAGCACAUUCUACACCCCAUAUCUCGAAGAAGGUGAGAGCGUGGCUUUGUCACUAAUUUGA